GGGUGGGGAUUAUGGGCCGGUGGCGGAGUCUCAGUCGCUCCAGUCGGGCUGAGGAGCGGUCGAGUUUGCUGCCCUGGGGAGGGGCCGCGCCCUGGGAGGAGGAGGAGGAGGAGGAGGAGGAGGAGGAGAAGGACUAAGAAGAGGAGGAAGAAGAGAAGAUAGCACUCCCUUCCCAGGACCCCCUCUACCCCAAAUCCUGACCCUACAUGGUUCACGAGACUGUCAGAGGGGUAGGGAUCCCUGACGGCUGACUGACUGCCUGACUGAGGAGGGUGAAGAAGGAGAGUGAGACUUUGAUAGAGGAGAGAGAGAGAGAGCGAAGACAGAGACACACGGAGAGACAGAGACUAGAGAGACAGACAGACUGACUGAAAGCUAGGGAGACCCAGAGAAGUUACCCCGGGGAGACCUGGAGAGACCGCAAGGCCACCCCGCCAGGCUGGUUGCUGGGAGCAACCACUUAGGUGGAAGCCCUUUUGCCUGCUGGGAUCCCUGGGAACCGGCCUGUUACCAGGGCAACCCUCCCAGAAGCCCCAGCGAGCAGUUCACGUGCCCACCCUCUCAGGCAGACGCCAUGCCAGUGCUCUCGAAGGCACAGCCCUCCCGGGCGACCUCCCUGCGGCGCCUGGCUGUGGUGGUGGCCCUGACAGCCUAUGGGGUGCACAAGAUCUACCCCCUGGUUCGCCAGGCACUGGCGAUGCAGGCCCAGUCCUCUUCUUUAGCUGAGGCAGAGGCUGGUGGCCAAGGCGGCAGAGGCAGCAACAGUGGUGGUGGAGGCAGUGGGGGCGACCGAGGCAGCGGAGGCAGCCGCAGCAGGGACCUGAAGAUCAGGGCAAGCGCUGGGGCAGUCACCGGGGGCAGCAAAAGUAGUGCCAGCGCCAGCGCCAAUCGGGUGUUCGCACACCGGCUGCUAUGGCUUCUCAGGCUCCUCUUCCCUAAGGUCCUGUGCCGGGAAACUGCGCUGCUGGGCUUGCAUACAGCAGCCCUGGUCAGCCGCACCUUCCUGUCGGUGUAUGUAGCCCGACUGGAUGGGCGCCUGGCCCGCUGCAUCGUUCGGAAGCAGCCACGGGCCUUCAGUUGGCAGCUGCUGCAGUGGCUGCUCAUAGCGCUGCCAGCCACUUUUGUGAAUAGCGCUAUCCGCUACCUGGAGGGCCGCCUGGCGCUGGCCUUCCGCAGCCGCCUUGUAGGGCAUGCCUACCGCCUCUACUUCAGCCGCCAAACAUACUACCGAGUCAGCAACAUGGAUGGCCGCCUGCGCAACCCUGACCAGUCCCUCACGGAGGACUUGGUGGCCUUCGCAGCCUCCGUGGCCCACCUCUAUUCCAACCUGACCAAGCCCCUGCUUGAUGUGGCCGUGACCUCCUACACCCUGCUUCGAACGGCGCGCUCCCGAGGAGCCAGCACGACCUGGCCCUCAGCGAUUGCCGGCCUCGUAGUCUUCCUCACUGCCAAGGUGCUCCGGGCCUGCUCGCCCAAGUUCGGGGAGCUGGUGGCCGAGGAGGCUCGCCGAAAAGGAGAGCUGCGCUACAUGCACUCCAGGGUGGUGGCCAACUCGGAGGAGAUCGCCUUCUACGGAGGCCACGAGGUGGAGCUGGCCCUGCUUCGGCACUCUUACCAGGACCUGGCCUCCCAGAUUAAUCUCAUUCUGCUAGAGAGGCUUUGGUAUGUCAUGCUGGAACAGUUUCUCAUGAAGUAUGUGUGGAGUGCCUCAGGCCUUGUGAUGGUUGCUGUUCCUAUCAUCACUGCAACUGGGUACUCUGAGUCAGAUUCGGAGGCAGUAAAGAAAGCAGCCUUGGAGAUGAAGGAAGAGGACCUGGUGAGCGAACGCACAGAGGCCUUCACCAUUGCCCGUAAUCUGCUGACAGCAGCUGCAGAUGCUAUCGAGCGAGUGAUGUCAUCCUAUAAGGAGAUAACAGAGCUGGCAGGCUACACUGCCCGCGUGUUUGAGAUGUUCCAAGUGUUUGAGGAUGUCCAGCAGGGUAGUUUCAAGAGGCCUGGGGAGCUAGAGGACUCCCCAAAUAAGGCCCGAACUGGAAUGCUUGUGAAGCAUGGGGUGCGAAUGGAGGGACCCCUGAAAAUCAGAGGCCAGGUAGUAGACGUGGAACAGGGGAUCAUCUGUGAGAACAUCCCCAUCAUCACCCCAACAGGAGACGUGGUGGUAGCCAACCUCAACAUCAGGGUGGAAGAAGGGAUGCACCUGCUCAUCACUGGCCCCAAUGGUUGUGGCAAAAGCUCCCUGUUCCGGAUUUUGGGUGGGCUGUGGCCAGCCUACGCUGGGGUCCUCUACAAACCCCCACCGCAGCGUAUGUUCUAUAUCCCACAAAGGCCCUACAUGUCAGUGGGCUCUCUGAGGGACCAGGUGAUCUAUCCUGACACUGUGGAAGACAUGAAAAGGAAGGGCUACUCUGACAGCUACCUGGAGGCCAUAUUGGACAUUGUAAACCUCAACCAUAUUGUCCAAAGAGAAGGAGGUUGGGAAGCCUCCUGUGACUGGAAGGACGUCCUAUCAGGUGGGGAGAAGCAGAGAAUCGGAAUGGCCCGGAUGUUCUACCACAGGCCCAAGUAUGCCCUUCUGGAUGAGUGUACCAGUGCUGUGAGCAUUGAUGUGGAGGGCAAGAUUUUCCAGGCUGCCAAGGAUGCGGGCAUUGCCCUGCUAUCCAUCACCCACCGGCCCUCCCUGUGGAAGUAUCACACACACCUACUACAGUUUGAUGGUGAGGGAGGCUGGAAGUUUGAGAAGCUCGACUCGGCCACCCGCCUGACCCUGAGAGAAGAGAAGCAGCGUCUGGAACAGCAGCUGGCGGGCAUCCCCAAGAUGCAGCAGCGUCUCAGUGAACUUUGUGAGAUCCUAGCCGAGGAUGCAGACUCCCGCCCGGUUGAGCCACCUCAAACCUCCGACCCCUGAGGCCCCAGCCUCCAUCUGGGAGGCUCUCCUACAGCCAAAUACCCCCUGGAGCCUCUUGUCCUGUGUCCCUUAAGCCACAGCCCUCCCUCACCCUGGCCCUCAUCCUCACGAAUCUCUCCAGAUUUCUUGAAAGAAGCAGUAGCGUCUCCCUUGCCUGCCCCCUCCCGAGGAGAUAGAUGCUGAUGGAACCCUGCUUGGGGACUUGUUUCCUGGGUGGGGGUGGGGGUGGGGGGAGGGAGGGAUACUUACCUAAGGAACUUUGCCAACAGCCUGGCCUGCUCCAGGUCUCUGGAGGGAGAAGGGAGGAGGAGGGUUGUUGGUGAUUAGUAACUGUGAAGUAGAUAGAUAGCAUGUAUGUAGCCUUUCCUUUUCUCUGCGGGGGGGGGGGGGUGUAAUCCAGGGCCAUUGCCCUGCUUGUACCAGCACACAACCUCGUCCAGUAUUCUUAUAUGAAGGCAGAGGUGUUUGGGACAGGAAGGAAGGGCAGGAGGUGCUCCUGGCAGGUGCAUGGGGAGCCUGGGACCAGCCAGCAUUCACAUGGAAGGCCCCAUUUUACCCAUGACCCUCCCACUGUGGCCUCUUCCCCUUUCUCCCUUCCCUGAGACAUCCUCCUUCUGCCUGCCCCUGCCCCUCUUGCCUCCUGUCCCUGGCGAGCAGUGGCCAAAGGGCCACUUCUCCAACGUCAGUUGUUCCAAAGAGCCCUUGCCCUCACCCGUCUGCCCGGCCCCACAAGAGAAAGAGUUGCACAAUCCUUCCUGCUGCUGAGAAUGUAGGCCUUUCUUGUUUCUCCAGAGCACUAUUGGGGCUGCCUUUCUCUCUCUCUCUCUCUCUCUCUCUCUCUGGUUAAUUUAUUUGAUCCACUUUUAUAUUUGUAAUGAUUGCCAAUGUGAGUAUUCCAGCACAGAAAUGGCGAGGUAGGGCCAGAGGCUAAGGGAGUGCUCCCUCGCCCAGUUGGGUUGGCAUGAAGGGUGUGAUCUGCCCACAUCUUUGCCCUGGUGUCUCAGUGGUGAGGGAUGGGGGGAUGAAGAUGGGGAGCUGCUCAGAUAGGCCAGUGCCCCCCAAGUUAUCACCAGGAGCUGUGGGCCCACUCCAAGGCCCACUGACACCAGCUGACACUGCCAACCACCUACCAACCAACCAGCCAACUCCCCCACCACCUCACUGAAGUGAGGGACCUAGGGAAGGGGGAAGUAUAUCCCCCUGCUUGCCAAAACCACUCGACUCUUCCACUCCCGCCCCCAUGGAGGAGGCAGAUGCUGUGAGGGGUCCCUUCCCUUCCUUUCUUUUCUGCCCCCUCCCCAAUGCCAAAGUGUACUAAGGAGGAGAGAGAGAUCAACUAUGCAAAUCCACACGAUCCCUUGUGGAUGGAGACUCAACAGAAACCAUGUGCCUUAGCUCUCCUCCUCAGGGCUGGGGGGGAGCUGGGCCCUCCUGUCCUCCCCCACCUUCUCAGUAAAGAAAAUGUGUUUGA